AUGAAGUUGGCCACCAGUAUCUCAGCUUCGUUAUUGACGUUGACUCCUAUGAUAUUAGCUGCUUCUGCUGAUGCAGGAAGCUUGAAAAUGGAUUUCAAUAUCAGAAGAGGCGCUUCAAGAGAAGAUUUGUCCCCGGUUGACGAUGUCGACCCUAGAUUCGUUAAACGUUCCGACGAAGAUGGAGCGGUGGAAUUAGAGUUGAUCAACAAUCACACUCUUUAUUUGGCUGAGUUGUAUGUUGGCUCCAACGAAGAAAAGGUUCAAGUACAAAUUGAUACAGGUAGUUCCGAUCUUUGGUUUAUGUCUAGUGAUGUCCAAUGUGAAAAGUCGAACUCAAGCAAGAAAAAGAGAGAUGAACCAUCAAAAUCGGAAAAUGUUGACGCCAACAAGCGCGACGACGAUGAUGAGGGCGACAUCUUGCUGUAUAUUUCUAGUCAUCCAGAAAUCACCGACUUACCAGCCCCAGGCGAUGAUGGUAUUAGUGUUAGUUCAAACUCUGCAGAAGGACCCAACACCUGCACGGUCUAUGGUUCAUUCAGCACCGAUGAUUCCGAUACUUUUGUCCAAAAUGGUACAGAAUUACUUUUCGUAGCAUAUGCUGAUGGUACUAGUGCCUCAGGAACCUGGGGUCAUGACACCGUGAAAGUCGCCAAUAUUUCGGUAUCUGAUGUAAGUUUCGGUAUUGUUAACGACACCAACAUUCAAGUUGGAAUAUUGGGUCUCGGGUUACCUGGGUUGGAAUCCCUUAGUGUGAAUGGCAGCACAUAUGAAAAUUUACCGCUUAAAAUGAAAUCAGACGGGGCCAUUAAAAAGGCAUUGUAUUCUUUAUACUUGAAUGGAGCUGAUGCCAAGACUGGGUCUAUUUUGUUUGGUGCUAUUGAUCACGCUAAGUAUGAAGGUACUUUGGAAACAUUGCCAGUGUUGGAAAGUGAGGGCGACAUUGAAGGUCAACCUCUGUACUUCAUAGUUGCAUUAAAUUCCAUUUCGUUUAAUCAUGAGGGUACCGUAAAAAACUUACUGGAUAACUCAACCGGUGUCUUAUUGGACUCCGGAUCGACCUUGUCAUAUGUGCAACCAGAGGCUGCAAAGGCAUUUGCUGAAGAGCUUGAUGGUGAAUACUCUGAAAGUGCUGGUGCUUAUGUCAUUGAUUGUAAAUAUAAGGAAUCAAAUUCAACGUUGGAUAUCAAGUUUGUUAACAAGACCAUUCACAUUCCAUUGCCGGAGUUGGUUUUGAAAUCUGAUGGCAAAUGCUACUUGGGAAUUUUGGAAGACACAAAUACAGGAACAUUAUUUGGUGAUAAUAUAUUGAGAAGUGCUUAUAUUGUCUACGAUGUGGAAGACACCGAAGUUCAUAUUGGCCAAGCUUAUUACACAGAUGACGAAGAUAUUGAAGUUGUUGAUGGAAAAGUCAACACUGCCGGAGGACAAAAUUCAACAGUAAUAGAUGGAGGAAGUGCAUCAAACUCAAAUGGAACUAACUCAUCUGGGUCAAGCAACUCGACAUCAAGUGGAACUAGCUCAACUUCAUCAAGUAAGACGUCGUCAAGUGGUACUAGCUCAACUUCAUCAAGCAAGUCGUCGUCGAGUGCAAACUCAAACGAUGGGUUGUCGAUCUUCAACUUGUCAUGGGUAUCCAUGCUCGCUGGUUUGAUGGUCUCGUUUAGCUUAUUGUAG